GCCAGGACUGCACUCACCCCUGUUCCUGGAAGCCGGGCCUGGGCCCCCGAUACCCCCGGGAGCAGCUGCUGGGCCCUCAGGAUCUCUGGCCUCGGCCCUGUGAGCCAUCCGGGCCCGGGCUAAGGUCUGGGCAGGUAAGGCUAACCCUGUCCUCCACUGGGACCUGAGAAAUGGCAUCCGGGCAAGGCCCCGGUCCUCCCAGGCAGGGGUGUGGAGAGCCGGCCCCAUCUUCUACUUCUGAGGAGCAGGUAGCCCGGGACACUGAGGAGGUUUUCCGCAGCUAUGUUUUUUACCGCCAUCGGCAGGAGCAGGAGGCUGAGGGGGCGGCUGCGCCUGCUGACCCAGAAAUGGUCUCCUUGUCCCUAGAACCUAGCAGCACCAUGGGGCAGGUGGGUCGGCAGCUUGCCAUCAUCGGGGACGACAUCAACCAGCGCUACGACUCCGAGUUCCAGGCCAUGCUGCAGCAUCUGCAGCCAACAGUGGAGAACGCCUAUGAGUAUUUCAUCAAGAUUGCCUCGAGCCUGUUCGAGAGUGGCAUUAACUGGGGCCGUGUGGUGGCUCUCCUGGGUUUCGGCUACCGCCUGGCCCUCCACAUCUACCAGCACGGCCUGACCGGCUUCCUGGGCCAGGUGACCCGCUUUGUGGCUGACUUCAUGCUGCAUCACUGCAUUGCCCGGUGGAUUGCGCAGAGGGGCGGCUGGGUGGCAGCCCUCAACUUGGGAAAUGGCCCCAUCCUGAAUGUGCUGAUAGUUCUGUCUGUGGUUCUGUUGGGCCAGUUUGUGGUACGAAGAUUCUUCAAAUCGUGACUCCCAGGGGAAGUCCAGGCACCCCUGCCUGGACUUCAGCCAAGCCUUCUCCCCUCAUCCCCUCCUCUGCAGGGCUCCCCCCACUUAAGAAUACAGAAGCUUUAGCAAGUGGGGCACUCAAGCUUUAGGAGGGCCCCUGCCCAGGGGUCAGUCAGGCUGCCGGGGUGCCCCAACAUUGCAUGGUGCUAAUGACCCCCCUCUCUGGGGCCCAUCCUGUCAGAGAGGGGCUGUAGCCUUUUUCCUCAGCUCUCUGGGACUCCUUCAGCUGUGUCUCCUGGGUGCUGGGGAGAUUGACAACUUGGGGAAGCAAGAGGCUGAGAGUCACUUCCCUCCAAAUUUUUAAUGGUUAUAUCUUUUUAUAAUGCCCUUGGAAGGACUCUCCCCACCCCCCAUUCCCACCACUCUGCCCAAGCAAGGAUGCCUGGGAUGUGGGGGUUCGUAGGUUACCCUGUGUGCCCCAGGACUCAGCUGUUCUAGGUCAGAGUUUGAUUGCUGGGCCUGGAGCUCAGUCCUGGCCCUUCCUAAGCUCUCCCCCUGCUCCCACUCCCCCUACCCAUAUUGCCUUUGCAGUGGACUCUCAGGGAUUCUGGGCCUGGGUGUGGGAUGGGGAGGGAGUGGGGGUAUAGACCAGAGCUGUGAGAACUUCAUUGGCCCCCCCCAGCCUGCCUCCCGAGACCCUCAGUUCUCUCCCUUCUCCCCUAUUACCACUUCAACCCAACCUGUUCACUACAAGUGAAGCCCACCCUGCCCCCAUCACUCCAGAUAAGGAAGGAGGGAUCUUGGGUAAGUGGAGACCUGAAGUCCCCUCCUUGCCCAGACUAGACUUUAGGACAUGUUUGUUAUUGUCAGGGAAAGGGGGUAAGGAGCUCAUCUUGAGGUUUCUGAGUGAGAAAAGAGCUGUUAAUGUCACUAGGAACCCCAGAGUUGGGAUCCUCCCUCAUGGCCUGGGCACAGUGUAAUCAGGGGGUAUGGAUGGGGAAACUGUGAAUACUUGAACUCUACCCCCCUACCCUACCCCCACUCUCCACACUCCUCACCUGCCUAAUCUCCUGUGGGUCAGGGUGGGAAGGCCUUGUCCAUCUUGCACAACCUAGAGGUUUGGAGGUAGGGAGAGGGAAGUUUUUGAUUAAACCAAAUGCAAGAAGGGGAUGCACAUGGAGCCCACUGGCCAGCCCUCACCGCUCUGAGUAAAUCUGAAAAUAAACUAUAAUCCCCUGA